CAGGGCCGCCACAGCUCCAAAACGUUGCGUUGCGUGAGGAGAGAGAGGAAAAAGAGAAAGAGAAAGAGGAGAAAGGAGAGAGACUGGCUGUACUUGCCGUGCCAGUCGGUCGGCGCGUACAACUGCCAGCAAGCAGGCAAGAUAGCAGGCAAGCAGGCAAGCCACAGAUCGUCCAUUGAGCGAGCGAGCAUUCCUUAAAGCCCGAGGAGCAGUCGCCGGAGGUCCCUUUUCGUUUUGUUCUGUUCUGUUCUGUUGGACGGAGAGAAAGAGAGAAAGAGAGAGCUUGACUGCACGCAAAGAAACAAGCGACAAUGCCGAUCCUACCGCGCAGAAGCACCUGGGACGCCGUCGCCGACCACCGAGAAGAGGACCGGAAGAGCCGGCGUCGGCGUUUGCUCAACCGCAUAACCCGCUUCGCAUCGUCGCCGUCCGUGCAGCAGGUGCCGGCCCCCGCUCGGGGGAGCGUCAGCUGCGUCGACUUGCUGAACAUUGCCGCCGACUCGGGCUCCGACUCCGGGAGCGAGCUGGAGCUGUUCGUCGAUUGCGCCGAGCCCCCCAAACCCGUCGCUACCGCCACGUGGGGUGACCUGCCCGAAGAGGUCAAGAUGAAUGUCCUCAGCUUUUGUGGGCCUACGCAGCUCGUUAAGCUUUCGGCGGUCAACAAGGAGUUUCACCGGUUGUGCUAUGAUGGACAGCUGUGGAACACCAUCGAUGCGUCCGAGUUCUACAAUCGUAUUCCCGUCGCUCAACUGGCGCAAUUGAUCGUUUCGGCGGGGAAUUUUGUGCGGCAUCUGAACCUACGCGGGUGUGUCCAGCUCCAAAAGGAUUGGCGAGUCGAAGCGGUCGCGAACGUCUGCAGAAACCUCGUCUCGGCGUCGCUGGAAGGCUGCAAGUUCGAGCGAUCGAUCGUCCACUUCAUCAUCAUGCGGAAUCCGCAGUUGGUGCACGUAAACGUCUCCGGGCUGACGUCGGUGACGAACUCCACCUGCCGCAUGCUCGCGCAGAGCUGUCCGCUGGUGCAAAGCUUGAAUGUUUCGUUCUGCACCAAUGCCGAUGCGAGAGGGCUUAAGAGGGUGGUCGAGCACUGUAGGGGUCUGAAGGAGCUUAGAGCCUCGGAAUUACACAUCAACGAUGCCGGGUUGAUGCAGGCGCUGUUCAAGAGGAAUACGAUUGAGAGGCUGCAGCUGGGGGAUACCGCCGGCGUCACGGACGAGCACAUCCGUCUCCUGGUCGAGGGCGUCGACCCCGAGAUCGACCCGUUUACGGACCGUAGCACUGCGCCUGCCCGGAAGCUGGUGCAUCUGGAUCUUGGCCGGUGUACGCUUCUCACCGAUAAUACGCUGAGACAUCUCACCGGCAAUGUCCCGAACCUGCAGCAGCUUGAGCUCGGAGGAGUCCGUUCUCUUACGGACGCGGGGUUCUCGCAGCUGCUGCCCACGCUGCCGAAGCUGACACAUCUCGAUAUCGAGGAGUGUCAGGAGCUCUCGAAUACUACGCUGUUCAACAUCGCCCGGGGGCCUGCGGCAAAGGUGUUCAAACACCUCCAGGUCAGUUACUGCGAUAACAUGGGCGACGUCGGGAUCGUGGAGCUGUUACGGAAAUGCGAGAAACUGUGGAAUCUCGAGAUGGACAACACCCGAGUGUCAGACCACACCCUCGCCGAAGCAGCCCGCGUCGUCCGUCAGCGCCCCACACCCACCAACAAACCUGCCACCUCGCUCUCGCAUGUCGCCCUGCGCCUCGUCGUCUUCGACUGCCCAAACAUCACAUGGACCGGCGUGCGCGAGGUCCUCAGCCGCAACACGGAACACAUGAGUUCCGAGCCCAUCAAGCCCGGGCUGAUCCUUCUCAAGUGCUACUACGAGUACCAGAAGACGGUGGAUGAGCACACGCGACACGUUCUGGGGCGCGACGUGGAUAAGGCGAAUCUGCUCGAGGAUACCUGGGCGAAACAUAUGAUGGCCGCGGAGGAGGCGAGUGCCGCCGUCGGCGGUGCGGGUCAUCGUAGAGGCAGGCGGAGGGACAACAAUGUUAACGGCGGAUGGGACGGCGAUAGACGUAGGGGCUCGAGGGGGGGCGUCUGCGCUAUCAUGUGAUCGACGCGGACGGGCGGACGGACGAAC